AUGAUGGGUGUGUCGCGUUCGCGGAGGCAAUCUCUUGAUUGUCAUGCCAUACCUCCAUCACCUCAACCAUCUUCCGCUUUCGAGGACAUUUUCGACGUCGAUUCACCUGUCUCAAGACCCGUCAGCGAAGCCUUCAUGUCGGGAGCCUCUACACCGAAUGGCUCAACAAGCUCUCGCCCACCUUCCCUCACAGAAAUCCUGCUCGAUGUCGCCUCACCACCAUGGACUCUAAGUGCCUUCAUGGCAUAUCUUUCUCAAAAUCACUGCAUGGAGAGCCUCGAAUUCACACUCGAUUCACAACGAUACGCCGCUUUUUACAAUGAAAUCAUCACCAACAACUCGAAUCGCACCCAGGAGGACAACGAUCGCGUUUGUGUAUUGUGGGAAAAGCUCAUGCAGGUUUACAUCAUUCCUUGUGCCCCUCGAGAGGUCAACCUUCCAGCCCGUAUUCGAGAUCAAUUGCUCGGUCUUCCUUGCGGCCCCUCUCCUCCCCACCCUGCACAACUGGAAGAGGCUGGUCGCAUUCUCUAUGAGCUCAUGAACGAUUCUCUACUCGUCCCCUUCCUCCAGUCCGUCGCUCCCAUGCAUGUCGAUGGAUCCACAGAAGAGCAUGGCCGCGGAUCUCGCCGGUCUUCAAACAGCAACACCCGCAUGGGUGCCCCCGUUCGAUCGAUGAACUCCAUGCAUCAUCAUCAUGAACCCGAGUCUCUGACAGACGACAGCGACUGCAACUCAACUCCAGGUAUGGAACCUAUGACUCCUCCAACAACACCACCCACUUCCGAAUGGGCCUUUACCACUUCCCCUGGCGGUCUCCAACGUGCUGUUGCAGCUCAUAACAAGGGAUGGAAGAAGAUGGGUGCUAAGUUGGGUUUUAAUCGCAAGAGCUCAAGGACACGCUCUGCUCCCACUUCAUCACAUCCCGCAGAAGGGUUCCAUAUGCACCACGACUCCUUAUGA